CCAGUAUAGCUUCCCCUACCCCAUGAGGAGCCCCUUCUGUUCUACAUCUCUGCCAUUCAAAUCCAAAAUUCGACCGUAUUUCUCUGGAAAUCCUGUUCCUACUCCUUCUAUAACUAAUAGACAUUCCACAGGCUUUCUGGCUAAUAGUGUAGAGAAGGUGACACUCAUAAAUCAGCCUGGGAUGUGGGAGAGAUCAGAGUCCAAGGGCAUUAUCCCUCUCCUUCCCACAGGUGCUCCACACCUCAGGGGAGAUAAAAACAGGGAAAAGGGAAUGGCAUCAGAGUUGUAAUAGCUUUUACUGAACACAGGGAUACUGUAGAGAGAUGGAGGAACAGCGGGAUGGCGGCUCAAACACACAGACAAGGAUGGACAGAUGGAAGAUGUUGCAGAAGGGAAACAGCCCUUGGAGAGAUAGAGGGCUAGGGAUGGGGCAGCAAGUAGAGAUGGCAGAGCAGCACCAGCUCCUUUCCAAGGUGAGUGACAGCAUCCUUCCACUGAUCCUCAGAUGGUUCCAGAUUUCCCACUCGCCUCUACCUCUUCCCCCUGAGGGAAGGAUGUGGAGUAGAUUUGAAAGACGAAAGUCCUGUGCAAGACUUUAUCCUGGCUUUCAAAUCACAGGGACAGAUUUUUGCUUGAUAGAAGGAAAAACUUUCUAACAAUAAGAUCUGUUCCCAAAUGGAAAGGACUGUCUUUGUGUGGGUGGUGCCUCAUUUCUGAAAGCAUUCACGCAGAGGCUGGAUGAUCAUUUGUCAGGGAUGUUGUAAAAGAGAUUCUUGUUCAGGUAUGAAGCAGACUGAGUGACCUUCCAAUGAUGAGACCGAGUCUGUGGCUGAUAUGUUUGGCAGAGAGAGCUGAAAAGAAGGAACAUCUAUGCCCUCAUUAGUGUUAAGCUCAGGAGGCACUUGGCAGUGGUAUGGGGAAGGGUACUCUUCUCGGGGAGUCCCCUGUGGGCCCUUCCCUUCCCCCCUCCUCACACCUGCUUUGACCCCAAGCAGAUCAGAUGUGGCAGUGGGGGGUCAUGUGACAGGGGGUGGCUAUAAAUAGUAGGAGGGUGGGCAUGCUGCCCUAGACUCCUUGGGGCCAAGUAGGAGGUGAGGUUCAAGGAACUGUAGGGGAAUAGGGGGCCAGUCAGGCCGGGGCCCAGCCCGAGGCUGGGAUCAUGAACCGUGCUGGGUCCCUGAGACCAGGGGGAGAAUCGAGCUGGUGGGGUAGUGCCCCUCAGUACCAGUAUGUGUCCUUUGAGCACUGCACCAGUUAUGGCCUGCCCUCUGAGAACGGAAUCCAUGAGCAUAGACCUCGGGGGAAUACAGGUCCCCGGCCCAACAUUCAUCCUACCCAGCUUUAUGGUCACCACCCAGAACAACCCUUGGAUUUCUCUAGCAAGGAAAGGAACAUGGCAAGUCCCAGGCAGAAGGCCUAUAGCUUUGCCAUGGACAGCAGUGAGGAAGAUCACCAUUCCAAAUGCCAAGAUUGUGUCCAUCGAAUGGGACAAAUUGUGCGGAGGAAAUUGGGAGAGGACUGGAUCUUCCUGGUGUUGCUGGGAUUGGUCAUGGCGCUGGUUAGCUGGAGCAUGGACUAUGUCAGUGCCAAGAGUCUGCAGGCCUACAAGUGGACAUACUACCAGAUGAAACCCAACCUCGCCCUUCAGUACCUGGCCUGGGUCACCUUCCCACUCACCCUCAUCCUCUUCAGUGCCCUCUUUUGCCACCUCAUCUCCCCACAGGCAGUUGGCUCUGGAAUCCCUGAGAUGAAGACCAUCCUUCGUGGGGUAGUUCUAAAGGAAUAUCUCACCCUUAAGGCCUUUGUGGCCAAGGUCAUUGCACUGACUGCUGGUCUAGGAAGUGGCAUCCCUGUGGGCAAAGAGGGCCCAUUUGUGCACAUUGCCAGCAUCUGUGCUGCUGUCCUAAGCAAGUUCAUGUCUAUGUUCUGCGGCGUGUAUGAGCAGCCAUACUAUUACGUUGAUAUCCUGACAGUGGGCUGUGCCGUGGGAGUUGGCUGUUGCUUUGGCACACCACUUGGAGGAGUGCUCUUCAGCAUUGAAGUUACUUCCACCUAUUUUGCUGUCCGGAAUUACUGGCGAGGAUUCUUUGCAGCUACAUUCAGUGCCUUUGUCUUCCGUGUCCUGGCUGUGUGGAACAAAGAUGCUGUUACCAUCACAGCUCUGUUCAGAACCAACUUCCGAAUGGAUUUUCCCUUUGACCUACAAGAGCUUCCUGCCUUUGCAAUCAUUGGGAUCUGCUGUGGGUUCUUGGGUGCUGUGUUUGUCUAUCUGCAUCGACAGGUUAUGCUGGGAGUCCGAAGGAAUAAGACUCUCAGCCAGUUCCUUGCUAAGCACCGCUUACUGUACCCAGGGAUUGUCACUUUCAUCAUUGCCUCAUUAACCUUCCCCCCGGGGAUGGGCCAGUUCAUGGCUGGAGAGCUGAUGCCCCGAGAAGCCAUCAGUUCCUUGUUUGACAACCACACAUGGGUGAAACAUUCAGGUGACCCUCAGAGCCUGGGCCGUUCCUCUGUUUGGAUCCAUCCCCAGGUCAGCGUCAUCAUAGUCAUCUUCCUCUUCUUUAUCAUGAAGUUCUGGAUGUCCAUUGUGGCCACUACUAUGCCCAUCCCCUGUGGGGGCUUCAUGCCUGUGUUUGUGCUGGGGGCAGCAUUUGGGCGGCUGGUGGGAGAAAUCAUGGCCAUGCUCUUCCCUGAUGGAAUCUUAUUUGAUGGGAUCAUCUAUAAAAUACUUCCUGGGGGCUAUGCAGUAAUUGGGGCAGCGGCACUUACCGGUGCAGUAUCUCACACAGUUUCCACAGCAGUAAUCUGCUUUGAGCUGACUGGCCAGAUUGCCCAUAUCCUGCCCAUGAUGGUGGCUGUGAUCCUAGCCAACAUGGUAGCCCAAAGCCUACAGCCCUCACUCUAUGACAGCAUCAUCCAGGUCAAGAAGCUGCCAUAUUUACCUGAUCUAGGCUGGAACCAGCUCAGCAGCAAAUACACAAUCUUCGUUGAGGACAUUAUGGUACGUGAGGUGAAGUUUGUUUCAGCCUCCUGCACUUACCGGGACUUGCGAGCCCUCCUUCAGGCCACUACUGUCAAGACCUUACCAUUAGUAGACUCCACAGACUCAAUGAUCUUGCUGGGCUCGGUGGAGCGAUCAGAACUGCAAUCCCUACUUCAGCGUCACUUGAGCCCUGAGCGGAGAUUGCGGGAAGCCCAGGAGAUGGCAAGGAAGUUGGCAGAACUGCCCUUCAAUGGGCAGGUGAAGCAGGCAUGUCAGGAACUCCCCCAGAACCCUUCGGCACAUGGACGACCACAGUCCUUUGCCUUUGUAGAUGAGGAUGAAGAUGAGGACAUCACUGGAAGGACAGAGUUGCCUCCUUCUCACCAUUUAUCUGCUCCAUUGCCCCCUGAGGAGCCCAAUGGGCCCUUGCCCCAACGUAAACUUCAACCAGAAGCACAGGAUGCUACAAGACGAAGGUUUCCCAUCCUCCGGUUCCUGCUCCGCUGUUUACUGGGAAAUGGCUUCCACACCAAGAAGAGGACACUUCAGGAUCCCAUCAACUUAGUGGACAACAUGCCACCUGAGGAGAUUGAGGCUUGGGAGCAAGAGCAGCUGAACCAGCCUGUCUGUUUUGAUUACUGCUGCAUAGACCCCUCUCCAUUCCAGCUGGUGGAGCGGACAACCCUGCAUAAAACUCACACACUCUUCUCACUGCUUGGCCUCCAUCUUGCCUAUGUGACCAGCAUGGGGAAACUCCGAGGUGUACUGGCUUUGGAAGAGUUACAGAAAGCCAUUGAAGGGCACACCAAGUCAGGAGUCCAGCUGAGACCCCCACUCGCCAGUUUCCGGAACACUACUACUACUCGAAAGAACCCCGAGGGCCCACUCCCACCCUUGGAUGGUUGGAGCCUUCCAGAAGACAGUCCUGGGGUUGGUGAGAUAGAAGGGAUGGUUCCAGUCUAUCCUGAACCUCCAGAGUCACCCUCCCCUAUCCCCCCUGCCUCACUGGUCCCACCCCCUGCAGAGGGGGAGCUAGAGGAGCUGGAGCUAGGGGGAACCUCUGGGCCGGAUGAGGAUCUGGCUGACAUUUUACAAGGCCCCAGCCUUCGAUCCACUGAUGAAGAGGAUGAGGAUGAACUUACCCUUUGAUACCUAACCCAGUUAUCUCCCCAUUCGUAAUGGAGCGAAGCCCUUAAGGAAGGGCCCUGUGUUCUCAAAGGAAGGAGUCAGAACCUGGUCAGGGAAUAACCAUGAUCGCUGCCCCAGUCACUUGAUUCCUGACUAGCUGGUCUUGGUCCCCAGAUCUUCAUAUCCUCCCCUCCCCACAUCUGCCUGUGCUUCAGUUCCCUUGAGGCCAGGCUCUGGGGGCCUGGAAUGGUAGAGAUUCUUUCAAGGAAUUAGGGAGAGGGGCCACCUUUGGGAUCCCCUCAAUAAACCUACAAACUGCAGAAUCCCAUCUGUUGUUAGUGCCUUCCUGAUGCCCCCAUUAUCUUUGCCCUUGAUCCCGUCUGCUUCCCACUGGGAUCCAAUGUGGGAUGGGGCAUUUUAUAUGAGGGAUAGGUUAAAGAAAGAGCAAGGAUCUUGGCAGGGAGUGUAAACUGGGAGGGAAUUAACUAGCUCUCAGGGGAGGAAAGAGGGAUAACACUCAAAAAUUUACUGAGGCCCUCUAAUCAAGACCGUCCCUAGGGGAGUGCAAAGCAGACCACACUGGGUGCCAACACUUUUUAUUCAGAUGAAAUUUGGUUAAAAACCAAUGUCAAGGACAGCCUUGAAGAAGAAAACUAUGCCACAAAAGGGCUAUAUGCAAUACAAGGGGGGGACGUGUGUAGAAGUGGGGAGGAGGCUGUUGUUGCCAGGCAGCCAGCACCAGUGCCCCCAGUCAUGUGCCCAAGCUUCAUGGUUUUUGUUGUUGUUGUUUUUAAGCACCAGCUGGUACAGCCACCACUUUCUCCCCCACCCACAGCCUCUUUGCAGCAUCAGCUGCCUAGUCCCCCCUAACAUCUUCCUUGGGCAGAGAACAGGGUAGUCACCUCAAUUUGCCACAUCCCAAAGAUAUCUUAGAGGGUCGUCCAUUUGUUUUCCUUUAUAUUGGAAACCACCCAGCCUGGCUGGGGAGCUGCUGCAUAUUGGAGCCAGAAAGGAAUUCAAACCCCUUCCAGCCCAAUCCCCUCCCACCAACCCCAUUUUUCAAAUGAAAAAAAAAAAAAAACAAAAAAACAGAGGCUAAAGAGAUUAAAUGAUUUUCCUAAAGUCACACAGCUCUUCUUAAUGUCUGGGAUAUCUAGAGAAGCUG